AUGAUAACAGCAGAUAUAUUAAACGCAGUAUUUGCUGCGCAGGAUGGGAACCUUAAUGCCACCCAAAUGUUACACGGACUCGUGGAGACUGAGGAAGGCUGUAAGGAACACGAGUUGUCUCAAAAACUGAGUUUGUCCUAUGAACUGCUUCAUUCACUAGUCAGCUUAUCAGAUACAACUACAAACGAGCUGAUUGUACAGUUUAUAACAAAUUCUGGCGUUUCGGCAACAAAGGAAAAGUAUACAGAAUGUGUAAACAUCUUGCGAUUCUAUGGUUAUACACUACUCGUCAAGUUUGUGGAAAAUAACUGGCAUCUCAUACCAGACAACUUCAAACUUAGAUGUAAAAUGGAUGUGGAACGCUUAUUCUCAAACAAUCAGCUGGAGCCUACAGUAGUUAGUGAAUACACGUCACUCGUAAAUCAAAAGGCGGCUCAGUAUGUAUCCACCAUAGCCGUUAGAGAAUGGCCAUCCGAGUGGAGAGAGUUUAUUCUACUCUGUAUAAACUCAAUCAAUAGCCUUUUUGUAAAAUAUGGUGCUGAAUCAAAGAAUAAUAAACAAGUACUCAAUGAGAUUUUGAUAUUUGGAGGAAUUGUAAGCGAAAUCUCCGUAGAAAUAAAAGAUUGUAUGGAUCUUACAAUACUACACAAACGUAGGAUACAAAUUUCAAACAUGUUAAAGAGCCAUAUUUGUGAUAUUUUUGUAACAAUUCAUCGCAUAAUAAUCCUAGGGAUAGUGUCAACAAACGAUAACCUUAUGUCCAUGAUAAUCACAAUCUUUCACAACAUUUCAUGUAUUUUGGAUGGAUUUAUUUUCAUUGAAUUUGAUGUGGAUGAGUUCCUAGUGAACAAUAUAGGCGGAGCAAAUCACUCUGAUAUUAUGCAGACUAUCAGCAAUAUUUGCGUAGAUAUUGCACACAAAAAAUUGAAAAACGUAGUAAUGCCCCAAGAAUUUGAUAUUAGUGAUGAAAAGCUCUAUGUACCAAAAUUGGAUCGAUUUAUACAAAAUUUGGUUAGGAUUGGUGAAUGUAUGUCCAUAGAUUGUGAUUUUGAUACCACUCUACAACAACUCCAAAUCGCACAAGCUUUAAAAGCUUUAUUUGAUAAGAAUAUUUUAUAUUUGCUGGAAAAGGUUUCUUGUGAGUCAAUGGGUAAACUUUUUGACUUUCUCAUGACUCGUUUGAUAAUGCAUCCCUCAAUGGAAGUGUCUACAACAGCAGUCCACGCGUGCUCCCUCAUUCUCCGCAGGGUUACCUCGGCAAAGUUUAAAAGAAGAGAGGAUCUAAAGCUAACAUGGUUAGAUUAUAAGAAGUUAUUAUUGUGUCUAUUUGUCAAGAGUCUCAAGUUGGGAAACGUACCACUUCAAGAGAAAUUUCUGGAAACAAAACCCUUUACAUGUCUAGAUGGUAUUAUCGCAAAUAUUACAAAUGGAACCAUUGUUAAUAGUGGCAGUUGGAUUGAUUUGCUUUUUAGGUAUUAUAUUAUUGACGAUGAACUCUGUAUUGGUCAAAUGAAAAAUUUUGAAGCACGCUUUGCAGCCCUCAGAUCGAGUAUUUUACAAACCACAUCUCUAGUAUCUGUAAUAAGUUCUGGGUUUAUGUCUGUAGUCAUAAAGACAAUUUCAGAGGUGUUUAUUUCAAUUAGUUCUCGGUUUUCAAGCAUUGAAUCUUGUAACGGGGGUAUCUGUACAAUUUAUCAAUCGCAUGAAAAGCAAUUACACUGGUUAUGCGAACAAUAUGUACUGUAUGAUGGUAUACUGUUCCUUUUUGAAUCGGCGAUAUUUAGGUUGCGUAGUGCGACCAUUGAUGCCACAGGAAAUGCAGAUGCUAAGAAUCCAGACUGGAUGCAAGUCAGCAAUUAUGCGUCAGGAAUACCAGUGGAAAUUCUUUCAAAGGAUAUGAUAUUGCCAAAUGAGUUUUGGAUAAAUAAUGCACUUGGUUUUACACUGCAAGCAUUAGGCAUGAGGCUACCCAAUGCACAUGGCUCUUUGCUUGAAAUUAGGAGAUUAGACAUGAUAUCAACAUCAUCUAUUUUACUCCUUUAUAAUGCAGAACCCAUAAAAAAUGUUUUAGAAUUUGUUGUUUCACUCAUACUUCAAGACAUGUCAUCAUCAAAUGUUACAAUGACUCACAAAUGUGCCCUUCAGACACUAGUUUCUCUAUGCAAAAAUUGUUGUAAUAUAAUGCCUCCAUAUGUAGAGCCAAUUGUUUCUAGGAUUCGCGAAUGUUUGUUGGUUGUAACUUCGGAUUCAGCCAAGGAUUUGUUGCUCGAAUCUCUAGUAUCCCUAAUAUCUUGCUUUCGCAACUUUGAAACGCAACGGAGAUUAUCGCUGGAUGUUAUAUCCCCCUAUUUGGAAGAGAUUUAUACUGUUUCCAAGUUUGUGACGGAUAUUUCUCCAGAAGCUGAAUCUCUUAAAAUUUUCCAAUAUCUAUUUGGAAAUGUUUUUAACGAAGUUUCUAGUUCGGAUAAACGCAAAUCACUGCAUAGGGUGAUAACAAUGGCGUAUUCCAUUAUAAAGAGAUCAUUUAUUCCAGUUAAAACCCUGGAUGGAUCAAGUGGAAAGUUUAGACACCCGCUACAAGAUAGCUUUCCACAGCUUCUUCCAGCUGUACUAAAGAUUUUGACUUCUCUUAUUGGAAUGUGGAGUCCGAGUUUUUUCGCAAGGGAUGAAUGGAGGAAAGCUGUAUUGAGCCCGGGUGAGGAUGAAUGGUUGUCUUUACAAGGAUUCAAUGAAGCCAUCGCUACAGACAGCAACUUGGGGACAAUUGUGGAGUCAGUCUUUCAUAUACCCAAGGAUACAGAUGCUGAGUCUGUGAGAUCUUGCAGGAGAUAUACAUAUAUAAUAAGGCAAGCUGCCUUGAGGCUAUGUGGUGAAGUCCUUUCGCACUUGUGCUCAUCUCAAGGGCGUCAAGUUGAUGAUAUGAUUGAAAGGACUCUUAUAGAACCAUUAAAAUGGAGUACAUUGUCACACAUUUCCCAAAUUAUCCGUUUUGCUUUAAUUCCCGCGGGGCUUUCCAUAAGAAAUAUGAUUCCUCAACUUUUGAACUUGAUAUCUGAACGCAUAAAUGGUGAAUGGAAGGCCUUAAAUAGACUGAGGAAUCUUGUCAUAAAAUCUGAUGCAGCUUCAGAGGGGUCAGAAUCUAGGAUACUUCAUCUAUACUACCUUCGCGUAUACGCCUGUAUAGAAGCUGGGCUUCAAUUGUUAUCUUUAACCGUGUCGAUUUUGCAGCCUAAAAAGAACAAGGCUUUAACGAGAAACAUUGAUCUGCUAACGGGCAAUGAUUCCAUAGCAAGCAGUGUUUUUGUACAUUUAGACUCCAUUGGAAGUAAUGAUUCUAGUGGAAACUUCCAGUCAGAUAAUUUGGAAAUUGAAAUGUUCGAUGUAUCUAGUGAAAAUAUUUUAAAUAGAAGCGAUUUUGUGCACUCGAUGCUCUCCUGUCUAUCAUGUGCUGUCUGCUGGCCACACUGCAGAACUAUUGUUGAAUCGCUAAGAAUAAUGAGAAUAUAUUCGAAGCUCGUACCAAAGCUCGAUCAAAAGACUAUAAAGCUUGCAAUUGGCUUCAUAUCGGAACUUCUUGUCUUUCUCAUAUCACAACUGACUAUCCAGAGAACUUUUGAUCCAAUGAAUCUUGGAAGUAACAGUGGAAUAGCGAGCUCGUACCAAAUCUUUUGGUCCAACACUAAGAGCGGUGGCAACAAUUACAUUAAGGAAUUUGUAAAUACAAUGUGUUCGCUCUACGAGGCCCUGGUCAAGUGCUUCCCUCAAAUGACUGAAACUCUAACAGAGGACGGUAUCGACGUUCAAAAGUUGCUGCAGUUUCAACAAGUCGUGGAAUCCAUACGGUUGCUUACUCCCUUUUUGCAGGAGCAAGAUUGUCUGGUGUUUCUGCGCAGUGUGAUCACGCAAAAUUCUACAGAGUCCCGCACACUCUUGAAACGUGCCCUCGAGGAGACUCUACAGAACUCUGGAUCCCUCGCCAAAAAGUUGCUGCAACUAUCAAGCUCCCUGGAGACAAAAUCGGCAAAAGAAAUCGAAAUUAUCGACGGCGAAGAUUCGGAGGAUUGCAUCUUUGGUAGCGACAUACUUUACCUACUGCUGGAAUAG